AUGCUGCAGUGUCAAUUCUACCUCGUGGGCGAUGACAUCGCCACGGCGAAGAUACUCGAGAUAGACUCGCGAUGGAAAUUCGAGGACUUGCAACGAGCAGUCGGUGUUGUUUUCAAUAUCGCACAACCAACAGGCAUCUCCUUCCAUAACGCCCAGAAUGAAACCUUCACAUCCGUACAAGAUGCCCUCACAGCCCAAGCACCAGUAGGCCUUCGCAUAGACGGCAAUGCCGUACAAUCACCUCAAGGACCACCGGGCCUUCCCCUCGUGGGCAGUUACUAUGAGAUCUACCCCGACCAUUUGGGCAACCAUUAUCGGUUGUUCCGCAAGUACGGCCCUGUCAUCAAGACCACCAACAUGGGAAAGACGAUAUACCUCACAGAUGACCCGAAAGUUGCCGCCGUCGCUUUUGCAGAGUCUGCGUACAUGACGAAGAAGAUCAACGAGAGCCAUCCGCUCUGGGGUGUCAAGGAUAACACGGCCAUCUUCAUCGGAGACACAGAGACAGAGAACUGGCGUUUGGCGCACAAGUUCCUUCCUCCGGCUAUGGGUCCCAAGGCUGUGCGACAUUAUACUUCGCUCAUGCAAAAUUGCGCGCGCAAGUCGUUACCAGUCUUCGAUGAGCUGGACUCCCGCGAGGAAUCCUGGAACGUGUACCAGUAUAUGGUGAAGUUGGCUUCGCAAACGAUCAGCUCUUUUUCAUUAGGUACCGAUUUCGGCCACUUCGACUCUGUCGAUUCACCGCUGCAUCCGAUUGUCACCAACAUCGCCAGCCUACUCUCCUUGAACAAGAAGAUCACCUCCCGUGGCGAAUGGUACCGUCACCUGCCCUGGGGAGACCCAGCACGCCUACGCCAGGUCCAGCACACGAUUUACUCGCUGUUGCAAGAAGCCAUCGAUGAGGUUGCCGUCACGUCUACGACCAAGGAUGCUCCUAUGAACGAAGCUGCGCUGUCAGCAUCUUGUGUGGUCGAUUACUUGCACCACGCCCUUGACGAAAAGGGCGAGCGUCUCCCGAAGGGUCUGAUCCUGGCAAACAUGCUCAUUGUUACCGGUGCCGGUUUUACCACAACUUCUGCUCUUAUGUCAUGGUUAAUUUACUGCCUUGCCACGUAUGAGGGCACCCAAGAGCGCCUCUAUCAAGAGCUGGUGGAAUUUGGCAUUGUCGGACCAAAUGGGGAGCGCAACCAGACGACCUGGACACCAGACCUUGCACAUAGCAUGCCAUACCUAGACAAGUUUGUCAAGGAGACACAACGACUGCACAACGCCUCAUUCCAGCCUGGCCGCACAACGAAAACAGAGGUUAUCCUGCCCGGUGGUUACCGACUACCACCGGACAGUGUCAUUGUCCCCGCGCUGUAUGCUAUACACACGAAUCCCAAGGUCUGGCGCGAUCCGCUUCGCUUCGAUCCUGAUCGAUGGGACACGCAAGAAGCGAAAGACCGACACCGGUGCGCAUAUGUCCCUUUUGCCACGGGGCCGAGGGGCUGUAUCGGGUUCAACUUCGCGUUGCUGGAGGUUAAGGUCUUGCUGUCUGAGCUGGUGAGCAGAUAUGAGCUUGUUCGGGAGGGUUUGGAUGCGGUCGAUUAUGACCCUGAGUUCCAAUUGAUUCGGCCUUUGAACUUCUAUGUUCGGGCAAAGCGCCGGGUUUGA